GGGGACGUGAGCGGCCAUUGAGAGCAGCCAGGGUGCUGCGUUUAGGAGCCGACGUUGUGGACGGAGAGACGGGGACGUGAGCGGCCAUUGAGGGCGGCCAGGGUGAGCCCCCCCCCCUAUCUGUUCGGUGCGCGGGCUGAGUUUCGAGGGGCUGAGCUUCAAAGGAGGACCACAUGACGGGGCACAACAAGGAGAAGCAUUAUGAGUGCGACUUGUGUGGCACAGCCUGUCAGAGUCCGAGCCAGCUGGAGAUCCACCGGCGGGUGCACACGGGAGAACGCCCCUUCGACUGCUCGGAGUGUGGCAAGAGCUUCACCAGCUACGGCAACCUGCUGCAGCACAACCGCGUGCACUCUGGCGAGAGGCCCUUCACCUGCUCCGACUGCGGUAAGAGCGUCAACACGGCGCAGAUCUUGAAGAUCCACCGGCGGGUGCACACUGGCGAGAAGCCCUAUGGCUGCUCCACUUGCGGCAAGUGCUUUGCCCAGUUGUCGGGGCUGCAGGAACACCAGCGGGUGCACACGGGCGAGAAGCCCUAUGGCUGCUCCACCUGUGGCAAGAGCUUUACCUGGUCGUCGGGGCUACGGCAGCACCGGCGGGUGCACAGCAGUGAGCGGCCCUUUACCUGCUCCAACUGCGUUAAAGGCUUCAAGUCAUUGCUGGAGCUGAAGAGGCACAGGCUCGUGCACACCGGGCAGCGGCCCUACACCUGCAGUGAUUGCGGCAAGAGCUUCACCCAGUCGAGCAACCUGCUGGAGCACCAGCGCACCCACACUGGGGAACGCCCCUACACCUGCGCCCACUGCGGCAAGGCCUUCACCCACUACACCAGCCUGCUGGUGCACCAGCGCACCCACACUGGUGAGCGCCCCUACACCUGCACCCAGUGCGGCAAGGGAUUCACCCACUCCAGCAACUUGCUGUCCCACCAGCGCACCCACACCGGAAAGCGUCCCUAA